UCACUUCCGGCCAGGGAACGCGCGGGUUGAUUCGUCCUUCCUCAGCCGCUGGUGCUUGCAGCUCGGAAAUGGCGGGAUUUGGUGCUAUGGAGAAAUUUUUGGUUGAAUACAAGAGUGCAGUAGAGAAGAAAUUGGCAGAGUACAAAUGUAACACGAACACAGCAAUUGAACUAAAAUUAGUUCGUUUUCCAGAAGAUCUUGAGAAUGACAUUAGAACUUUCUUUCCUGAAUAUACCCAUCAGCUAUUUGGGGAUGAAGAAACUGCCUUUGGUUACAAGGGUCUGAAGAUCCUGUUAUACUACAUUGCUGGUAGUUUGUCAACAAUGUUCCGUGUUGAAUAUGCAUCUAAAGUUGAUGAGAACUUUGACUGUGUAGAGGCAGAUGAUGUUGAGAGCAAAAUUAGACAAAUCAUUCCAUCUGGAUUUUGCACAAACACGAUUGAUUUUCUUUCUUUGCUGGAAAAGGAAGUGGAUUUCAAGCCAUUUGGGAUGUUACUCCAUACAUACUCUGUUCUCAGCCCAACAGGAGAAAAUUUUACCUUUCAAAUAUACAAGGCUGACAUGACAUGUAGAGGCUUUCGAGAAUAUCAUGAAAGGCUUCAAACCUUUUUGAUGUGGUUUAUUGAAACUGCUAGCUUUAUUGACGUGGAUGAUGAAAGAUGGCACUACUUUCUAGUAUUUGAGAAGUAUAAUAAGGAUGGAGCUACGCUCUUUGCGACCGUAGGCUACAUGACAGUCUAUAAUUACUAUGUGUACCCAGACAAAACCCGGCCACGUGUAAGUCAGAUGCUGAUAUUGACUCCAUUUCAAGGUCAAGGCCAUGGUGCUCAACUUCUUGAAACUGUUCACAGAUACUACAUUGCAUCUCCUUCUGUGCUUGACAUUACCGCGGAAGAUCCUUCUAAAAGUUAUGUGAAGUUAAGAGACUUUGUGCUUGUGAAGCUUUGCCAAGACUUGCCCUGUUUUUCCCGGGAAAAGUUAAUGCAAGGAUUCAAUGAAAGUAUGGCAGUAGAGGCACAACAGAAAUACAAAAUAAACAAGCAACAUGCUAGACGUGUUUAUGAAAUUCUUCGACUACUGGUAACUGACAUGAGUGAUGCUGAACAAUACAGAAGCUAUCGACUGGAUAUUAAAAGAAGACUAAUUAGCCCAUAUAAGAAAAAGCAGAGAGAUCUUGCUAAAAUGAGAAAAUGUCUCAGACCAGAAGAACUGACAAACCAGAUGAACCAAAUAGAAAUAAGCAUGCAACAUGAACAGCUGGAAGAAAGCUUUCAGGAACUUGUGGAAGAUUACCGACGUGUUAUUGAACGCCUUGCUCAAGAGUAGAGAUUAUACUACUCUGUACAGGAAGUUUACAAAUUUCUGUACUCUGUGUUGUGAAAAAAUCUGAUGACUUUGAUUUUAAAAUCUUGUAACAAUUCAGUUACAUUAAAAGUUAUCUAAUCUUUAGUUGAAUAUUUUCUUUUGGAGAGAUUGUAUAUUUUAAAAUAAUGUUUAGAGUCUAUAAGCAUAUAUAACAUUUUAAAAAAGAUAUAGCUUCUGAAAUGCCACUGCAAUUGUUUUCCUUCUUAAACAUUAUAAUAAAUGCUUAGUUG